AUGUGGUUCAGGGCUCUUAAAAAAUCCAGCGAGGAGAUCAGGGGUUUGGUUGAUGGUGAUAAUGGUGAUGAUGGUGGUAACAGCACCGGCAGGAGGAUCUUGAGGGGAAAACACAAGAAGUACAAGGGUCCAUGCAUGGCGACCAACCCCAUCGACGCAUGCUGGCGGUGCAGGGAUAACUGGGCCGAAAACCGUAAGAAGCUAGCGAAUUGCGUGGUUGGUUUCGGCCACAAAACUGAAGGAGGAAAGGAUGGUGACUACUAUGUGGUGACUGACGAUUCCGACGAUGACGUGUUAAAUCCCAAACCAGGAACUUUACGUUGGGCCAUGAUCCGGGACGAGCCGUUGUGGAUCAUUUUCGCUCGCGACAUGCACAUCAAGUUGUCGCAUGAGCUAAUUAUGCAAAGCAAGAAGACUAUCGAUGGUCGUGGAGCGAACGUCCAUAUCGCAUACGGAGCCGGCAUCACGAUUCAAUUUGUGCAGGAUGUCAUCAUCCAUGGCAUUCAUGUUCAUCACAUCCUUCCAAGCAAGGGUGCCGUGAUAAGGGAUUCGAUGGAUCAUUACGGCCAGCGGACAAUGGGCGACGGAGAUGGCAUCAACAUAUUCGGAUCAACAAACAUCUGGCUCGAUCACAUUUCGAUGUCGGAAUGCCAAGACGGACUCAUCGAUGCAAUCCAAGGCUCCACGGCCAUCACAAUCUCAAAUUGUCAUUUCACCCAUCACAACGAAGUGAUUUUAUUGGGUGCAAGCGACAGCUACGCAACAGAUAAACUGAUGCAGGUCACGGUAACAUUCAAUCAUUUCGGCAAAGAACUGAUACAGAGAAUGCCGAGAUGCAGGUUGGGUUUCUUUCAUGUUGUUAAUAAUGAUUACACGCAUUGGAAAAUGUAUGCCCUAGGAGGCAGCAUGCAUCCCACCAUUAUCAGCCAAGGCAACAGGUUCGUUGCACCGGAAGACAACGAUGCGAAAGAGGUGACGAACAGAAACUACGCGCCGGAGUCGGAGUGGAGCAAAUGGAUAUGGAGAUCGGAAGGAGAUUUGUUGUUGAACGGAGCUCGUUUUAGGACAUCGGGACCACUCGUAUCUCCACAUUAUGACUUCACCAAGAUGGAGAUGAUCGAUGCCAAGCCCGCAACAUUUGUCGGAAAACUCACUAAAUUUGCCGGCGCUCUUGAGUGCAAAAAGGGCAGCCCUUGUUAA